GUCAAGUGUCAUCCAUUAUUUGCCUUGUUACCGGCUAUCGUACUUUACCGCACAAAAAGGAUUUCCUAUAAUAAUUAAAAUGUCGAAUUUACACGAAGCGUUGAAGCCCAUAUCUUGGCUGGCGGGAACCUGGACUACUGAAGAAGGAGAGGGCUCAUACCCAAACAUACCGAGUUUCCAAUAUGAAGAGGAGUUGGAAUUUGUUUGCAUCGGGCAACCGAUGUUCAACUACCUAUCUACAUCAAAACACCUAGAAAAGAAGACACCAAUGCAUCAAGAAAGAGGUUUCUUGCGCAUCAAACCUGGAACGAACGAGCUGGCUUUCAUUGUCAGCCACAAUAUGGGCCUCACAUCGUUGGAGGAGGGCAAAUAUCUUGACGAAACAAAACAAAUCACUAUGGAAACGGUCGGAUUGACUCGUAUGUCGUUCUCUAAGCCGCCAUUUGUUAAGAAAAUGAAGAGAACCUUCACACUAUUGAGCCCGGAUACUCUUGAAGUUAUUUUGUAUAUGGAGACGGAUACGACUCCGAUGACUCAGCAUUUGAAAGCGGUUUAUAAGAAGGUGGAAAAAUAAGUUAUGGGAAUAGAGAGCUUGGUAUGAGUUUGUUUAAGGUUGUUCUGUAUCGAAAGGAGAUCGCAUGCGGAACUCUGAUUGGUUGGUUCAUUGAAGCCGGCAAAUCAGACAAACUCGUACUAAGCCAUUUUCAAAAGACAUCUAAAGGCUAAUGAUAAUUUUCUAUACUUUUUGUAUGAUUCUGAAGUUUUUGAGCUGUAAUUUGUUAUAAUACGGUACCCUUAGUAUGAUUGGUUGGUUUAUUCGAGCCGGCCAAUCAAAGCGCCGAACUCGCUCUCGUUACCGUUUCUUUAAAUGUAAAGCUAACUCAUACUAAGGGUAGGUACAGGUCUCUUUUUUCGUCUUAUUUAUUGCUAAAUAUUAUACGAAAUAACAUAAGAGUGAAAAAUUGUUAUGUAUGUACUUUUGCAUUUAUAUGUUAAGUUGGGAUGGUCCUAUACCACAACAUAAUAUGCCUUUUUUAAUGGUGCAGUUUAUCUUUUAAUAUUAUUAUUCUAAGUGAAAUGUAGUGAGAUUUUUUAUAAUACUUUGUUUAUUUUGUCUAAAUUAUUUAUGGCUGUAUUCCGAGAUAUUUCAUGAUUACUUAAACUAUUCCUAAGUUACGAUUUUGUUCCGAAGACAAUUGCUAAGGACUGGGUUAAGUAACCACUAAAUUACUCUGAAUACGGCGUUUUAAGGUAAGCGUCCACAGGCCCGCAUCGUACGCAUUCCGUAUGACGUCAUCGGUACGCAUCGCAUGUAGGCAUUGCUGAUGAUGCGGUCCGUACGAUGCGGAUCUGUGGACGCAGUUGUAUGAGUUUCUAUACAAGACAAACUAAAAUCCGUUGCGUGCGAUGCGUACGGUGCGGGCCUGUGGACACGUACCUUUAUUCCACUAGGCGUCAAUGUGAAUUAACUACAAAUACGUAAUAUCUAUACUCGAAUAAGUGUAAAAGUAUAGCUCCUUAGUUUCUUUUAAGUUUAUACAUAUUUGUUGUUCUUUUCUGCUUUUAAGCAUUUGUUAUUUUGUUUCUUAUUAUUAAAGUUAUUUCUUCUGAUA